AGCAUAACAUUGGCGUUUGCAGAGAAGUAAACGAAUUGAAAUUUUUAAAUAAACAAAUCAUUUCUGAAGACUAAAGGUGUUUAUAUGUGUUGCUAAGUUAAAACAAUGGCAACAGCACUUGAUUGCGAGGCGCUGAUAAACAAAUGCCAGAAGGAGAGUGUACAGACAGGUGCCGGCUCGAAACUGUCGCAAAGAGAGAAUUUUACAGUCGUGGAAAUUGGAGCAAAAGGAACGGAUCCAAUUGUUAAAAUGGAAACUGAUGCGGAUUUAACCACUGCAGAGAUACUAAAUGACCUGGACGAGGUGGAGCAGAAAGCAGGCAAUGGCAAAGGGUCUAAAGCAAAACCAAAAGACCAGCAGCUGCAGCCAAACAAGCCCGAGCAGCCGGGCAAAGGGGAGCAAAAGACUUUCCAGGCGGAGCAGCCCACCCUAGGGUCUGAGACGCAGCCAAUCAACACGGAAACAAAGCUGGAAGAGGAAGCAGCGGCAGUGGCUGCAAGUGCUACUGCUACAGUUGAGAUGGAAACAGAGGGCGACUUGAAUCUGAGUUCGUCCAAGAUGGCGACGACUUGCCACGCCCCCGCUCGGCCAACCAAAGUCACCAGAAGCAGUCUAAAUGGCGCUCGUUCACCCACAAUAAUCAAAAGGUUGCGCAAGAGCACGCGGAGCACACGUUUCAAAGCAAAGCUCCAAGGCCGCAACAGCAAUCCAAAUGGCGGCGCAGCGGGCGCCAGCAGCCACCACAAUGGACAGCUAAAUGGAGGUGGAGCUGGGGCUGGUGCAGGCUCAGGCUAUGCGCUGAAUGCAGGUGGUGCAGGCAAGACGCACGGCAAGGCGGGCUUGGGCGGCGUUGCAGGCGGCUCCGCUGGAGGUGCGAGUGGAGGCGGAGCAAGGAAUCGGCGCUCCCUGUUCAAGCGGCCGGCGCAGAAGACGCCGCGAGUCCAGGCCUCGAUGCAGUACGUCAAGAGUGUCUUCUACAAGGGCAGCUACAUGCAGAUUGGCGACAUUGUGAGCAUAGUGGACAGCCAACGGAGCGUCUACUACGCCCAGAUCCGGGGACUGCUCGUGGAUGCCUACUGCGAGAAGUCGGCGUUCCUCACCUGGCUGAUACCCACGCAGGAUAGUCCCGACCCUCAGGAGGGCUUCGACCCAGCCACCUACCUAAUAGGCCCCGAUGAAGAGCUGUCGCGCAAGCUCUGCUAUCUGGAGUUCGUGAUGCACGCGCCUAGCAACUACUACUACGACUGCACCACGCCCUUCCCACUGCCCGACGUGGAUGACUACCAGAGAUCGGGCGGCUACAUCUGGACGCGCUUGCCCACUGUGAAGCGGGAGCGAGAGCGGGAGAAGGAACGGAUCAAGGACCGGGACCGGGACAUGGAGCGAAAGUCGGCUGCCUAGCAGUACCCACGCCUGCG